AACCCUGAGCAAGCACCUGGAAUACCUUGGGCUUUGUGGAGAUGAUACAGAAGCUGAAGAUCAGAUCCUUGAGAGUUUGAAUGGGAUUCUCCUGGCUAUCACUGAAGAUAAGCAGAGAUCCUUCCACCUACUCAGAGGGAGUGGGAUCUUCCCAACUUUGGCAAAAAUCCUGAAGGGCAAUCCACCAUGUGCAGUGAGAGCAGCCCACGUGCUUUCAGAGAUAGCCAAAAAUGAGGAAAUGAAGACACCAUGUAUUGAAGCAGAUUUGGUUCCAACACUGAUACCUUUGCUGGAGAGCACAGACCAAGAAAUGCUGCUUCACGCUGGGAGGGCCAUUGGCCGUAUCUGCUACGACAAUCGUGGCCUUCAGGAAGAGCUGGUGAGGGUUGGAGUAAUCCCAUCACUGGUCCGGAUAUUAACUGACUAUGCAGAGAGUGAACCACUUGUCCACGUUGCUCUAUUGGCCUUGUACAACCUGGCAGACCUUGAUUCAGCCAAGGAAGCUCUAAGCAUGACAAAAGUUGCUGAACAGCUGGUGGAACAACUGAGGAGAGCAGAGAGCCAUGAGAGGUUAGAAAUGGUCUUUGAGGUCCUGCAGGCACUUGCAGAAAAUGAUGCUCUGAAGGUGCAGUUGGUGGAUGCAGGUGUGCCAGAGGUGCUGUCUGAGAUCCUGCUGAGGCUCCAAGGCAGUUCACAAGCUGAAGAUACAUGCAUUGUGAAGGCUGCAUCGGAUCUCAUUGUCUCUCUGCUUCUUGGAGAUGGCAACUGCCUGCGGAUGUUCCAGCUGGGAGUCAUUCACCAGCUCCUGGAUGUCCUGGAGAAGCACGUGCGGAGCGGGGACACCUCUGUUCAACAGGCUGCGCUCAGCGCGCUGCAGAGCCUCGCUGUUCCAGUGGUCAGCAAGGUUCAGAUGCUGGAGGAAGGCGUUGCAGAGCGGAUCGAGGCGCUCCUUUGGUCAGAGAGUCCCCCUGUGCAGUUUAAACUCCUCGGAACAUUACGGAUGUUAGCAGAUGGUCAAGCUGAUGCAGCUGAAAUCCUGGGCCAAGACCCCCUGCUGCUCAACAGGCUGGUGCAGUGGUGCAGUGUGAGCGACCACAGUGGCAUCUGCGGAGAGGCAAACCGGCUGCUGGCAUCCAUCCUGCACCACAACAGAUCCCAGGAAGUGGUCAAAGCCAUCCAGGCAGCACAAGGAGUGAAGCAUCUCAUUUCCAUGACAACAAGUGAACAUGCUGCCAUGCAGAAUGAGGCUCUGAAUGCCCUGGCAAUAGCAUCUGCCAUCGAUUUAGAAACCCUUGAAGAAUCUUUUAAAGAAUCACAGCUAGUUCAAAGCUUACACAAACUUCUGCGAGAUGAUAACACAAGUCCUGAGGUGAAAUACAAUUCAAUGGGCCUUUUGUGCAGGCUUCUUAAUUCAGGUGAUCUGAGACAAGAGAUAGAAGAGGACAAUAUCAAGGACACUCUUGAGCGUCUCUGCAGUCACAGCAAUGCCAGUGUGGUCCAGGAAGCCAUCACAACAUUACAGGUUUUGAGAGGAGAGACACCCCACUAAGCUCCCUUCUCCCAUGUGCCAAACCAGCACUGCUGCUGAGGCAGACACCACCAGCUCUGCAACCCUUGCAUUUGUCAUGCUGCUGCACAAGCAACACUGCUGAAGCCCAGAUGCAGCUCCUGCUUUGAAAGCUGUGUAUAAAAAACCCCUCAUUAGCACACCUCCUUGGCCUGAUACUUGCACCACUGCUGCUCUUCACUGAACCACUAACACACAGCAGCAGGAAAAAGGCCCGUCAAGCAAAUGGUGUUAAGAAACAUCACAGGAGAAACAUCAGGCAAUUACCACUCAUGACACAUUUUUCAGCUGCUCCGUUUUGUGAGAUUAGGAUACACACUUGCAAUUUUUCUUGUAUCAAUGGGACUUUUAAAUAAUUAUACAAAAGUCUUAAGCUUUUAUCACACAACCUGAAACAUGAGCUAGAUUAAAGCUGUAGCUUAAACAAUUCAAAGGGCUAACUGGCACCAACUCAACAUCUGCACACUGGAUCACACUGUGCACCCAACUGUUAGGUGAACAUGUUAAAACCAAAACUAUCUUGAAGAUAACUCCCCCUUCAAUCUCCAAUUUUAGAGCUUGUCUCUGAAGCUGUACCUGCUUCUGUCACAAGUUAUAUUCUCAAAUAUGUGAGGCUACAGUCUUGUCCUGAUUUCAGAGUUGCACCUACUGGAAUGAGACACUGCAGAAGCAAAGUUUACAAGAAACCACAGACAGUGAACACACAGUGCUUGGACGAGACACAGAAAUAAAACUAGUCAGAAAAUUUCUGACACAAGUCAGAAAUUACAAGUGAGCAGGGGUAAGGAUGUAGAGGCAGCCAGCAUUCCAUUAUCACCCAUGAGAGAACCUGGGUUUAACUUUAGAUAAUGGAAAAAUAAUAUAGUAAAACAAACGUCCCUGAACAUUCCUGUGGAAUCCUUUUGUAUUUAAAAAGGUCACUUGAUGGGAAGGUAAUAGAUUCUAUUCCACAACUUGGUCCUAUGGGAACUUUUUGAAGCAGUUGAAGGUAUGUUGCAGUCAUGUUUUCCAGGCCUAGGAGAUCAAAUUCAAAAACAUGAAGUGGUAGAGACUGAAAUGCUUGGGAGCAAUUACUUUUUUUUUUUAGCCAGCACAAAAGCUAUUGAGAAAAAAAUAAACAAGCACCGAUCUUCAGAAACCCAUUAUAAAGAAGUCUGUAUUUAGAAGUCAACAAGGCCUCAUGUUCUCAAUUUGAGAACAACUGGCUUAUGUCUGCAAACAAACAUGACAACUUUGUUCCUGCAAAAGCUUUCCCACUUGCAAAACCCAGUAACACUACUUAGCCUACCACUCUCAUCAUCAAAUAUCAUUCUUAGGAGUAGGCUUGAGAAAGAAACUUCAUAAAACCACCCCAGAGAACUGUCACUUGUUGAGUAACACACAAGUUUUACCACAUAAUAGGAGAAAAGAAAAACAGCACUUUUAACUUUUUUUUUGGGGUCCAGAGUUUUAAUAGUUACUCUACACCAUUCUGCAGCUCUUCACUUGUUCAUGGCUUACCAUUAACAAUACAAAGAAAAGCAUCAGUCUUAUCUAUUAUUCAACAGCCCAAACUGUAAAGAAAAAUUAUCAAGAAUUAGUUUCAGCAAAAUACAAAAACAAGCACCCCUGGACCUUCAUCAUUUCUGAGCUGUCCACAAACUGCAGUCUCAGUAGCCAGUCUAAACCUUCGAGCGCGAAAUAUUAAUGACUGGAAGCAACAAAUAUCAGGAAUCAAACUCCAGGAGUAGAAAACGUUAAAUUUUAUUUAAUCAAAUUUAAGGCUUGAGAAAAAAAUAUAUUGAAAGUCACUCAGAAAGACCAUCUCAGAAUAGGAGACAGGAGCUCCCCUUCCAGUGGCUGAACAAUGUUCAAGCUGCAUGACAAUGCACAGGAAGUAUGGGGAAGAAAGAAGGAAGGAUGGAAAGGGGGAGACAAAACCCAAGGCAAUUCUACACAUAAAUCAAUGGCCACAUUGAGCUCCAUGGACUGGAAGCACGAGUCUGUCCACAUGGCACUGAAUGAGGUCACCAAAGCUAAAGACCUCUUAGGAAGAAACAUUCAGGUACAACAGGGCAACCCGAGGUCCUUUGGUCACUGCACUUUUUUCAGUGCUUAUAUUCAUCCUCCUCCUCAUGUACAGGGAAACAGUGUUCAAAUGCAGUUUUAUUAAUAAAAACAGAGGCAGUUGAACUGUCAGACUGACAAAUACAUACAUUGCUUAACGGAAAUAAACUGUGCUCAUUUCUGAGGAAUAAAAGCGACCACACUGAAGUUUGCUUCUCUCAGUCCAGUUCUUCAAGUCUGACCUCAUUUGACAUCUUCAUGAAAAACCUUGGUUCCACUGUAGUGUUUGUGAAGCUGUUGCAGAUGCAACCUCUGAAAUCUCAACAUCAACAGUGUAUCAAACCUCUCUGUGAGAUCACUGAAUUACUUUUCCUUUGAGGCUUUAGAGGCAGGCUCACACCCAGCUGCUUUUGCUGAUAAGACUUUUUUUAGACCAUAACCUAAAUCUUUAGCCAUGAAGCCACUGCAGGUCCACAGAGAAGGUGCUAAA